UAUCAUCCAACCCAAACGGCAGACAGGACAGACACAUUUUAAGAGGGCUCCAUCUGAGCACAGGAAACAGAUCCCAGCGUAAACGGGACAUAUUUUCAGCUCUUAUACUCAUUCGUUUAAAUUGAUUUUGCUGAAACAUAUUUAGAGAUCUGAAUAUCUUUAUAAAAGUAAACAUGUCAACUGGAAUACAAUUACUGGGAUUUUUGCUGAGUGUGGGAGGCUGGCUUGCCACUCUUGCCUGCUUGAUGAACAGUUACUGGAAAGUGUCCACAGACUAUGACCAGUUGAUUACAACCACCAACUAUUAUGAGAAUCUGUGGAAGACCUGUGUCCAGGACAGCACUGGCCGAACUAACUGCCAGAACUUCAAUACACUACUCAAUCUUGAAGGGUAUAUCCAGGGCACACGUGCGUUGAUGAUUCUCUCUCUGGUAGUGAGCCUGAUUGGUGUCAUUACAGCUCUUUUUGGGAUGAAGUGUAUUACAAUCGGAAGUUCUGAUGAGCAAACUAAAGGAAAAAUGUCUGUCACCAGUGGCACGCUCUUUAUUGUCGGAGGUAUAUGCUCCUUGGCGGCCGUUUCCUGGUAUGCAGCACAAGUCAUUCAGCAGUUUUACAGUGCAAUACAUGGAAAAUCUAGAUAUGAGCUGGGAUCAGGGCUCUACAUUGGUUGGGCAGGAUCCGUAUUGGCAAUUCUUGGAGGCAUCUUUCUGUGCUGUUCUUUCAAGAAAUCAAGGAAGUCUUCCCCAAGGGCGUACAAAUAUUCAGCACCCAGCAAUGAACAGAAGAUUUACAAGCCAACAUCUCAAGCGGACAAGGCUUACGUCUAAGUCUUUGGUUUGCAAUGUUUUUACCUUUUUUUACUUUGAUAACUUGCUCUUUAGAAGUUUACUUGAACGUCAUGCUCCAUGGAACUUUUUUUUUUUUUUUCUGCCAAAAAUGAUUGUCUCCACCAUGUUACAGACAAAGAAAAAAAACACUUAAUCCUAGGCAACUCUCACUUUGUGUAUAAGGGAAAGAUUUGUUUUGGGCUCUCAAUUGUUGUAAUGUUUUAAUUAAUUUUUACAAAUGAAAUCAUAAUAAUAGAGUAAAAUAUAAUUUAACUCUCUUAACUGCUUAGUUUUAAUUUGCAAGUGUCUGAGACUUCAAUAAAAAUACAUUUAAUAA